UCUGUUCGCGUCGUCGAUUCGUUAGUAACGCAUAGACGGUGCAACUUAUCGUUUCGCAACUUCGAUCCUCUCUCGAUCUUCUGCCUUUAUCGUUAGAAGUGAUCGGUACGCGCGUGCGAGUGGCUCGCGCCGAUCUAACUCGCCGUAACGCUUCGUCUUCGUUCCAUCCGUUUGUUUCUCGUGCGAGUUAGAUCGAAAGGAAGCAGAUUCUAUUCGCCGUGAUGACAGACUACCUGAGCGACGAGAUGUCGACGAACAAUCCGGAGCUGAUGGUCCGGCGACCGGUCUACCAACAAGACGAGAUCAAUCACUUGUACAAAUAUGUCAAGCCUAAUGAAACGGUUUUUCAAAAUCUAUCAUCGAGAUGCCGAAAAUUCAACUGUUUGAAGGCUGCCAAAGAAUCGAUACCUUUAAUUGGUUGGUUAUCGAAGUAUAAUUGGAAAGGCAACAUCCUUGGAGACAUAAUCGCCGGGGUUACCGUCGCGGUGAUGCAUAUCCCUCAAGGAUUGGCGUACGCGAUACUGGGCAACGUACCACCGAUCGUCGGAAUUUACAUGGCAUUCUUUCCCGUUUUAGUUUACCUGUUUCUCGGCACUUCGAAGCACAAUUCGAUGGGUACGUUCGCGUUGGUUUGCAUGAUGACUGGAAAAGUGGUAGCCACUUAUAGCACCCCGGAGGAAUUACAGACGAACAACAAUGCUACGGAUAAUCAGGAAUUAUCCAGGAAUAAUCAAUAUUCCCCCGUGGAGGUUGCUACCGCGGUCACGUUCACCGUAGCUAUGAUUGAGCUAUUGAUGUAUCUACUGCGAUUGGGAGUGAUCGCCUCUUUACUGGCGGACAGUCUGGUCAGUGGAUUCACCACCUCGGCGGCGGUUCACGUGUUCACGUCGCAAAUAAAGGAUUUGUUAGGACUUAAGAAUCUACCUAAUCGGAAAGGAGCCUUCAAGUUGAUCUUCACUUACAUAGAUUACUUCGAGAACAUCAAAACCGUCAACUGGGUCGCGAUCGUCCUUUCUACCGUUAUCAUUCUCAUCCUGAUCCUCAACAAUUUUCUAAAGAAGAGAAUCGCAAGACUUAGUCCUCUACCGUUUCCCAUCGAAAUGCUGGCAGUGUUAAUUGGAACUAUUCUAUCAAUGUACCUGAAUCUUGGAGAAACUUAUGGACUGGCGACAGUCGGUCACAUACCAGUCGGAUUACCAACUCCGUUUCUACCUCCGUUCUCGUUGAUACCAAACAUCCUUUUGGACAGUUUCGUAAUCACCAUGGUGUCCUACACCAUAACCAUGUCGAUGGCGUUGAUCUUCGCACAAAAAUUGGGCUACGAGGUGGACUCGAACCAAGAACUAAUGGCUCAGGGUGUAGGUAACCUUGUUGGAUCCUUCUUCUCUUGCAUGCCAUUUACAGCUUCCUUGUCCAGGUCUUUGAUCCAGCAGACUGUUGGAGGACACACUCAGCUGGCUAGCCUGAUAUCCUGUGGCCUUCUGAUCAGUGUCCUACUAUGGAUUGGUCCGUUCUUUGAGCCUCUACCACGGUGUGUUCUAGCCAGCAUCAUCGUGGUAGCUCUGAAUGGAAUGCUGAUGAAAGUGAAAGAGUUGAAGAAAUUCUGGAAUCUGGACAAGAUGGACGGAAUCAUCUGGGCCGUGACGUUCAUUACCGUCAUUCUGUUGGACGUGGAGUAUGGUCUGAUGGCCGGGAUAUUCUUCUGCAUAGGGAAACUGAUCCUGUUCGCCGUUCGUCCGUACACCUGUUCGCUGGCCCAAGUGCCUGGUACCGAGCUUUAUCUGGAUAGCAAGAGAUAUAAAGGCACGGUCGAGCUACCGGGUAUCAAGAUAUUUCAUUACUCCGGCAGUUUAAACUUUGCCUGUCGUCAGCAGUUUCGUGAGGAGGUGUACAAAGUGGCCGGACGAAAGCCCCGGAAGAAUACGAGGCACGAGGAGUUGAAGGAAAUUAAACAGCUGCAAACGUUGAUACUGGACUUCAGCGCGUUGACUCACAUAGAUCUGGCGGGUACAACGACCCUAGGAAACCUGAUCAGCGAGUACUGCGACAUCAAUAUCGCAGUGUACAUAGUCGGCUGUUCCGGACCCGUGUACGAGAUGAUGAGAAAGUGCAAUCUGACGGAAUUAGGAGGCGGUCUCUUCUCCAUGUUCCCCACCGUGGCUGACGCGGUGCACUUUGCAAGAUGCAACGAGUUGACGCACGCACCGGCAUGGUACUCCUCCAUGUAGGAGGAGCCGAGAAUACUAAUCGUCGGUGACCAGUGUUCAUUCAUGUUUUACGAACAGUGGAUACUCAAUUAACGCAACGUCUGUUGCGAUCUUUAAACUGCCCCUGUUCCUGCGUGAUAUAUUUAAGCGAUUCCUUGAUGAAUGAAGCCUCGUAAAAGAGGCAGUACGCUUGAUUAAAUGUGAUACACGUGGGUGUGUAUGUAUGUGAUAUUGUUCUGUGAUUGAUUCCUAGCUCGAAAGAGUUUGAAAAUUCACGAGGACCAAAUGGAAGCAAAUUAGUCCGGAUCGUAAAGGGUUAAGGAUUCCUGAGAGUACUUUUGAUAUUUGUGAUCGGAUAUUGAUCGAUUAUUAGUUUGCUCAAUUUAGAUAUUCCUGAUUCAUUAUCGCUCUUGGCGAGACAUCAUCGCGACGUGAUUUCGAAUUCCGUGCAUGCAGAAGCACGUGCCGAUCGCACAAUGUUAAACAUGAAUAUAUAACAUAGUUGCAUGCCGUUGCAACGUUAGAAAACGCGUUUUCUAAACUAUGACGACACGAAGUCCUUACGGUGCAUUAAAAAAGUCAACCGACUGUGAUCGAUGCGUUUUGUUUCACUGAUCAAAUUUCGUAACAUCGAUUUCUAAGUAUUGUGAAAAAGAACAAUAUUAUGUUAAAUAAAUUUAUGUUGUAAUAUAA